AUGGCUUCUACAGUGAACUUGGAGCUUGAUCCCAUCUUUCUGAAAGCCCUGGGCUUCCUGCAUUCAAAGAGCAAGGACUCUGCUGAAAAGCUGAAAGCGCUGCUGGAUGAGUCCCUGGCCAGGGGAAGCGACUCCAGCUAUCGUCCGUCGCAGAAGGAAGUGGAGCAGCCCAAAGUCUCCGUUACCAAACCUCUUGCCAGCAAGCAAGAGCCUAAAGCUGCCUCUAGUUUGCCUUCGGGCAACAGCAACGGCAAGCCCUCUGCGUCAGAGAAGGUGAAAAAAGAGACGGAGAAGAGAUCUGCCGAUAAAGUGAAAACGGAUCCGGCUGAGGCAGCUGAUACACCGCGGAAGCCCAGACUGGAGAAGCAAGAGGCUCGCUCCUCUCCCAUUACUGUUCAGACGAGCAAGGAUUUAUCCAUGCCCGACUUGUCCAGCUUCGAGGAGACGAGCGCUGACGACUUCGCCAUGGAAAUGGGAUUAGCCUGUGUUGUUUGCCGGUAG